GAUCAUUUCUUUUCUUUCCCAUUAGUCAUAUGUUUAUUUAGUUUAUUAUAUUUAUAAUAUAAGUUUAGUUGAUGUUCUUAUGUAUUAAAUACACGUGGUGCCCGUUGAUGAAUUCGAUUUUGACUUUUAUAAUUUUAUCGGCUAAUUUUUGGAGACUGCUUUUAUAAUUUUAUAAUUUUUAUUUUAUUCCAGUAAUUUUUUUUCUCGGCUGGAUCUUUGUUUGUGGUGUUGAGAUCAUUUUCUUUAAUAUUUAAAAAUUUUUGUAAUAUUUUUUUAUAUUUGGUGGGAAGUUGAGAGUCGGGUUUAAGUUCGAUCUGAAUUUUAGUGGUCGAAGCCAUUGUUUUGAGUAAUUUGGGCGCGGGAGUUUAUAAAAGCCUACUUGCGGAAUCUCUGGUUGAAGAAGGAAAGAAGAAGAAUGAGUCAGCCUAAAAUUAAACGGCGGGUUGGUAAAUAUGAGGUGGGAAGAACAAUCGGUGAGGGUACAUUUGCAAAAGUGAAGUUUGCAAGGAAUUCUGAGACUGGGGAACCUGUAGCUCUCAAGAUUCUUGAUAAAGAGAAAGUUCUCAAGCACAAGAUGGCUGAGCAGGUCUCUAACUACUCUCAGGAUGAUAUCAAACGGGAGAUUGCCACAAUGAAGUUGAUAAAGCAUCCCAACGUUGUUCAAUUAUAUGAGGUGAUGGGAAGCAAGACAAAGAUAUUUAUUGUCUUGGAGUUUGCUACUGGAGGAGAGCUGUUUGACAAGAUUGUAAAUCAUGGACGGAUGAGAGAGGAUGAAGCACGGAGAUACUUCCAGCAGCUUAUUAAUGCUGUUGAUUAUUGCCAUAGCAGAGGUGUCUUCCACAGGGAUCUUAAGCCUGAAAACUUGCUGUUGGAUGCUUAUGGAAACCUCAAAGUUUCUGAUUUUGGAUUGAGUGCUCUUUCCCAACAAGUCAGGGAUGAUGGUCUCCUUCACACGACUUGUGGAACUCCAAACUAUGUUGCUCCUGAGGUUCUUAAUGACAGAGGCUACGAUGGGACAACUGCAGAUUUGUGGUCUUGUGGAGUAAUACUCUUUGUACUGCUCGCAGGGUACUUGCCUUUUGAUGAUUCUAAUCUUAUGCACCUAUAUAAAAAAAUUUCUGCGGCUGAAUUCACUUGCCCUCCUUGGCUAUCGUUCCCUGCCAUGAAAUUGAUAACCCGUAUCUUGGAUCCCAAUCCAUUUACUCGCAUAUCUAUUCCAGAAAUUCUCGAAGACGAAUGGUUUAAGAAAGGCUAUAAGCCUCCAAUUUUCAAGGAGAAGGAAGACACAAACUUGGAUGAUGUAGAAGCUGUUUUUAAGGAUUCAGAAGAGCACCAUGUGACAGAGAAGAAAGAAGAGCAGCCUGCACCAAUGAAUGCAUUUGAGUUGAUAUCCUUAUCAAAAGGGCUAAACCUUGGGAAUUUGUUUGAUAUAGAACAGGGAUUUAAGAGAGAAACAAGGUUCACAUCUAAAUGUCCUGCUAAUGAGAUAGUCAAUAAAAUAGAAGAAGCAGCUAAGCCUCUUGGUUUUGAUGUUCACAGAAAAAAUUAUAAGAUGAGGCUUGAAAAUAUGAAAGCUGGGAGGAAGGGAAACCUUAACGUGGCCACUGAGAUUUUUCAAGUAGCACCUUCUCUUCAUAUGGUUGAGGUGCGAAAAGCGAAGGGGGAUACUUUGGAGUUUCAUAAGUUCUACAAAAACCUAUCGACAUGCCUGGAUGAUGUGGUGUGGAAAACUGAGGAGGAGAUGCAAGAGAUGACAUAGACUAUAGUUAUUAAUGGGGCUUCAAGUUUGAAGAGUGGUGGUGAUUAGUCUUUCUUUUGAUGAUGCUUCUCUUGUGGAAUGUUCCAUAAACGCUUCUAAUUUUCGUUCCUUUCUUUUUGGGUACAAUUAUUGGUUUUUGUAGACUAGAGAAAAAUGUAUUCACCAAUUGUUUUCCUUGAUAUUGUUGUUGGAAAGCCUGGGUGAUUUCAAGAGAGAUGGAGUUUUUUCUUUCAAUUUUUCCGAAUCUCUAUAAUGAUAAGUGCAUCCUUCUAUAUUGUCGUAA